GGGCAGCACGGCGGCUGGCGCUCGGCGGCGGCGGGCUGCGGCCGGGGAUGCUCCAGCGGGUGCGAUGGCCCCCGCCAUGCAGCCGGCCGAGAUCCAGUUCGCUCAGCGCCUGGCGUCCCACGAGAAGGGCAUCCGGGAUCGGGCGGUGAAGAAGCUGCGCCAGUAUAUCAGCGUGAAGACGCAGAGGGAGACAGGAGGUUUCAGCCAAGAAGAACUUCUAAAAAUAUGGAAAGGGCUCUUCUAUUGCCUGUGGGUGCAGGAUGAACCCCUUCUACAGGAGGAGCUAGCGAACACUAUAUCCCAACUCAUCCAUGUUGUUAACAGCUCAGAGGCUCAGCACCUGUUCAUCCAGACCUUCUGGCAAACCGUGAACCGGGAGUGGCCAGACAUCGACGGGCUGCGUCUGGACAAGUACCACAUGCUGAUCCGUCUGGUCCUGAGGCAGUCCUUUGAAGUUCUGAAGCGAAACGGCUGGGAAGAAAGCCGAAUCAAGCUUUUCCUGGAUGUCUUGAUGAAGGAGAUCCUGCAUCCUGAGAGCCAGUCUCCGAACGGAGUGAAAUUCCACUUCAUCGAUAUCUAUCUGGAUGAACUGUCCAAGGUGGGAGGGAAAGAGCUGCUGGCCGAUCAGAACCUCAAGUUUAUUGACCCAUUCUGCAAGGUGGCCGCCAAGACUAAGGACCAGACUCUGGUACAGACUAUAGCUAGGGGUGUUUUUGAAGUCAUUGUAGAUCAGUCUCCUUUUGCACCUGAAGAGACGGUCGAGGAACAGAAAACCAAAGUGGGUGACAGUGACCUCUCUGAGGAAGAGACGUCUGGAAAUGAGAUGACGUGGAGAAAAGCAAUCAGUAGAAAGAAAACAGCACUGGGCAGAAAAGAGGGAGUCGCUGAGGAAGGCAGACGGGGCGGUGGCGGAGGCGUGGAGGACACCGGGCUGCUUCUCCAGUUUGACUAUAAGGCAGUUGCCGACCGACUCCUGGAAAUAACCAACAGGAAGAACAUCCCUCCCUUCAACAGGAAACGUCUCUCCAAGCUAAUCAAAAAAUUCCAAGAUCUUUCUGAAGCAGGCAGUAUCUCACACCUCAGUUUUGCUGAGGACGCUUCUGCUGACGAAGAUGACCAAAGCCUCAGUCAAGGGAGGCAUAAGAAGAAAGGGAACAAACUUCUGGAGAAAACGGGCAUGGAAAGAGGGAAAGGAGCCAAGUUCUCUCCUGCCGAGGAAGAGGAGAGCGCAGGCAGUGUUCCAAAGAGGAAAAGGAAAAAGAAGAAGAAGAACCACCUCCGGCCUGAACACUUGGGGCCCGGUGGUGAGGCCACGUGCCCGGAGCAGAAUGGCAGCCGGCAGCCGGAGGCCGGUCCCGGAAGAGCCCAGGAGGCGAGUGCGGCUGAGCUGGGGACGGUGGCCACGUCCUGGCCCCGGGAGCAGAGCAGCUCGGAGCCCGCCUCCGUGCACAGCAGGAGGAGACGACUGAGGAAGAGAAGCCUGAGGGUCCAGGUGGAGAGCCCGGAGGCAGCGGCCCUGGCUGGCGGCACCCCGGUCCUGAAGAGGACGCGCGAGCUGGGCGCCCUCCUGGUCAACGGCGGCGGCCCGCCCACGCUGGCCUGGCCCCUGCCCCCUCCAGCGAGCCCAGCAGACAGAGGGGACUGCCCUGCCACCCUGCCCCAGGGCGGGAAGCUGAAGAAAAGGAGGAGAGAGUCCGGCGGCCAUGACCUCCACGACCUGUCUGCUCAGAAAGCUGCUGUUUUGAAAAAGAGGAAGAAAGUGAAAGAGAUGUCAAAGUGGGCGGAGCACAGAGGGGUCAAGCUCGUGCAGGCCCUGGGGAGCGGUGGCGCGCUCAGCCCUUUGAGGAAGCAGCUGAGGACCCAGAGGGACUUCGUGAAGUUUGACGCCUCCUCCUCCCCGAAGCCCCUGUUCUUCAGGAAGGCCAAGGGCAGCGGGGCCGCCACCUCGCCAGGCCCCGGGCUGCAGCCACACAGGACGCCGUCCAGCUCCAAGAAGGUGACGUUCGGGCUGAACAGGAACACGACGGCGGAAUUCAAGAAGACGGACAAGAGCAUCUUGGUCAGUCCCACGGGCCCCUCCCGGGUGGCCUUCAACCCUGAGCAGAGACCCCUCCACGGAGUGCUGAAGACCCCCAGCAGCUCGCCGGCCAGCACGCCCCUGGGGACCAAGAAGCCGCUGACCGGCACGCCAAAGAGGAGGCCGACGGCUAUAGACUUCUUCUAGGGUAGUCAGUCCUUUCACAGACUGCUUUUGUACAGAGUAUUCUAUAAAUUAUAACGUUUAAAAUUGGGGCCUUUUUAUUGUUUUAUAAAUUCCCAUGAGUGGUGUGUGCGAGGUUCUGGGUGAGCCGCGGGGCCACGGGCAUCUGGGUUGAGCUGCUGCUGCAGACGACGUUCGUGCUCGAGCUCUCCGCUCCCCGGGUGUUCCCAGCCGUGGGUGACCUCAGGGCCUCCGGCUGUGGCGGCGAGGCCCAUGGGCUGAGAGCACGCUGCCCGGUGCCCCUGCGCUGAUGCGCGCGGUGGCAUCCCGGGGCUCAGUUCCUCGCCAGCCCCGCCCAGCGCGUGUGGAACUGCCAAGCGAGGCUGGUUUUCUGGUGGUCUUGGGUCUAACAGUCUGUCUUUUUUCUUUUUCAACGCAUGUAGGGCUUUGUUCCCAUGUUCAGGGGUGUUUGGCAGUUUGGGGUAGAGGUGACUUGUAACCACAUCAGCAAUACCGCGCUUUUUCUACGCGCUCGCACUGCGUGCUCAGCGGGGCUGACCCUGCGAGUUGGGGGCACUGGGGCGGAGAGAAGAGCCUCUGCCCUUGGGGGUCAGACACUUCCUUCCCUCUGCCUUGGCCUGGUUUCCUCCCUGGCUUCCUACCUCUGGGCCCGCCUAGGGUGUCCUCCCUGGGCGCCCGGGUCCUCGUGCUGUGUGAGCCGACACCCUCCAUCCAUGGCUGGCGGCCCCAAGAGCAGCUUGCCCAUCUCCAGUCCCAGCUCACGUCUUCAGAGGUGCGGCCGCCGUGUCUGAAACUUGGGUUCCUGCUAGAAGGCAAAAGAAGCAGCCUUUGAGAAUUGUCUCUGCUUAUUUAUUUGUUCGUAGCUCCCUUUUUUCAAAUGUCGAAGCUUGCACUUACAGAUUUUUAUAAAGCUCUAAUUUUAGUUAAUUACAGCAAUCGGGUGGACGGCGCUCAGACUUCAGUUGGAAACACAGAAGUGCAGCUUAGAGCAGUGCUGGCGAGGCGACUGAUCUGUCUUGGGAAGCUGUGUCUGUCCCUCGAGCCUGAGUGGCAGGUGGGACACAGACCCCGCAACCUUAGAGAAGGCCCUGGGGCCCCUCCCGGCUCUGUCUGGAGUUUACAGCCCUAAGGAGGUGGUGCAGAAUUUGCGGGGGACGUAGUUUCAGCUCUUGGCUCAGGGGGCCUCGGGCCUUCUCCCUCCCCCUGUGCAGGAGCCCCAGUUUCUCACCACAGCCCGAGCCAGCCCCCUUGGCUCCUCCCCAGCACAGGACCCCGGCGUCGCCUUGGCGGUCCCAGCUGCGACUUGGGGUGACGGCCUCACUGGGGUUGCAGGGCUGAUGUGACUUUGGUUUCCUCGAUCACGUGAUCAGGGUGGGGUCCUCUGCAAAGACCACAGCUGACAACUUGCAGGUCAGGUGGGCCGGCCUGCGGGGGCCUGGUGAGCAAGGAGGGCGUGCGAGCUUUGCUCCUGGCCCGCUCUCUAACAGAGCUGUAUCAUAAUCAGGCCGCGAGCAAAGCAAGGCUCAGCGUCGUGCUGUCAAGUAGUCGGAACCUUGUGGUGGUGGCGUGGUUUGUAGUGUGCUGCCUUCGAUAGGAUCCAUCGAAACCAAAACUGAUGGUGUGAAAAGAUUAGGUUUGAGUGCUCAGAUGUUUUUAACUUUUUGUUUUUACAAAAAUUGUUUCGUUAUCCUUGGCCAGAUUAUUUUUCUAACAAUUUUUAUUUCAGCGUUCAGGAUGGGUCAUGUAGCCCAAUGGGCCGUAUAAUCCAACGAUGUUAAGAUGUCUUAGCGAGACCAACGGCAAAAACGGCUCGUUGGUCCUGCAGUUGAGGGCGGGGGCUUUCUUCCUCGCUCUGAUAUGUCAUCUGUCGCUCCUGAGGCCCCAGUGGGGCGUCCUGGACACGUCCUGCCUGGGGCCCGGAGCCCAGGAGUGACAGUGUGUCUUGGAUUCCAUCUCUCCUUCUCUGAUUCUGUCCUGACUUACUCCAUUUUGUGGGUAAGCUCAGAAGGUUUACUGUGGCUUAUUUCUAACGCCUAAGUGUUGGCAACAAAGAAAGAAAAAAUACAGUUUUUUAAAAUUCUCAUUCCAUACACUCCAAGAAUAUAUCACAUAAGGAAAAUGUCUUUACAAUACCAGUUUUCUAUUGGAUGCAUGUUAUUUUCCUAGCUAAAGUUGCCAGGGGGACUUGGAAGUCCAAAAAGGGAAAUAAUUUAAAUUAAUGCUGGUGAUCUUACAGUCUUUUGUAAAGUGAUCAUCUUGCCUCUUACCCCAUAGGACUGAUCAGUUUUGUACAAUUUGGUAUCACACUUUGCAAAUGUAUUAUCCUUUCUAACUUUUGCUGAACUGAAAGCACAAAGAAAAGCAUAAAGAAAAUCGGGAAGCAGUUGCUGGUGUUGGAAGGAAUGUGGAAUUGAAUCUGUCUCUUGACUGGUGUGUGUGCGUUUUCUCUGAAUUUUCCUGACUGCUGGCAAGGCCUGUUUGUUUACAAUCGUUUUGUACCCGUGUCUGCAGGGUUUGUCAGCGCUCGUCAAAGCCAAAUCCAAUAAAACGUCAGUCUUUGCCCUCA